AUGGGCACGUUGUCUAGCUUGACAUUUCUUCCCCCGACAGACAAAACCAGUUACUCAACCGGGAUGUUGGAAACUAUCUACCGUUCAUCGACGUUUACCGACAGCCCGCUGAACACGCCGCCUCUCACUUCACGCCCGUAUCUCACAUACGUCCGACGUUUCGACGGCUCCAAUUUGUAUUACGCUCGGCAAGUUUACGCUUGGGAAAUGGAUUUGAAGUCUUUGGAACAUUUUGCGGAUCAGAACCCACAAUGGACUGAGAAAAGAACACCGCCCUAUCACGCUCAUGGUAUAAAGCAGUUCGAAAUACGAUUUCUCGAGGACCUGGUCACAAUCAGCAACGAGAACGGUCGGCAACCGAUGCUGAGAGAAGUCUCGAUAUAUCGCUGGAAAGACAGAGGCUCCUUCAUUCUCUCCUGUCACGCGCUGGAGCGUUUGUCGAUGACUUGGACCGAGGACUUGACCGCUGAAACCGGGAAACAAAUCAGCAAGAGUCUCCCAAGGCUAAAGCAUCUGGAAUUCCCUUUUACGGCGGACUCCACGGCGGGCUCACAACAGCUGGGCGAGUUCCUCUCUCACUUGAAUGCAGAUCAGCUGCACUAUUUCGAGUGCGGAGUCGGGGAAGUGCAUGCCCCCGUAUUUAGAGCCAUCGCUAAGCAGACAGAACUACGGUGUCUGGAGUUCCGCUUAGUCGAGAUCCCGCCCACCGAUCUGCUUCUGCUAAGUCCGCUCACGAACCUGACGUCGCUGACCCUGAAGUUCAACUCCUUUAUUCCUAGCUCGCGGCUCCGAGAGAAGUAUGAGCUGUGGGCCAGAGAAAAACGUAGGCAUAUUGCGAAUUGGAUCACGUCUUGCAGAAGUCUGAAGCGCCUUCACCUCUUCCGACUGCCGGACUUGAUCCCUGCCAUCGCGGACGCCCUCCCUCAUCUCCAACUCGAAAGGCUACACGUGUACCAUACCGGCAACCAUCCCGAUUUCUACCGCGCGCUCAAAACGCAGUAUCAUCUUACACAUAUCUUUAUAGCGGAAGAAUCGACUCGACCUCCUCCUAGAGAUCUCCGAUGUCGCAAGCUGGUCAUGGACGCAGUAUGCUCCAUGAAGGACCUGCGCGACUUAAGGCUCCACACAUCCUUCUCGUUGUAUUAUACACAGCUUCAAAUACUGGCAUGCUGCCAGCCUAAUCUUGAAUUCCUUUCCUUCGUUCAAAGCGGAGUAGAACAGCCUGCUUGGAUCUUGAGAGCCCUGGAGCUUUUCGAGAACCUCAAAAACCUGACUAUUCUGGGAAUGACGCGGUUCUCCGCACCAGAAAUUCUAGAGUGGAUUGAGAAGACUGGAUGCCAUCGUCGCAACGGAGGGUUCUUGCUGAGUCUGCCGUCUCAGGAGAAGGACAGCUGGUACCGCGCUGUGCCACCCGCCGAGCUUCCACCGAUGAGGACGAUUGGGAGAGACUCCUUUACCAGGCGCAUCAAGGAGCUGUUGAGGUUUUGUGCGGUGAAGGUUAGAGGCCCGGCAGAAACCGGGGAAUCAUGGCACGGAAACGAUUACCUUGAGUACGAGGAGUCCAUGUUCCAGAACCUUUGGGGAGAUGCGAGAAAGCCAACUGCAGUGUCGAUAUGGAGAGGACAUGUUCAAGCGGACCGUGAAACGAGUCUUCAUAUUGCUUAA